CACGCCUCCGCCUAGGAGCCAGACCUGCUGGCGACUUCCAGGGCACACCGUGGUCCGCGGUGCCAGGAGAGGCAGGAAGCCUGCCUCUGCACCCCAGCUGCGCCGCUGACCGGGAGCCGCCGGAGGAAAAGCGAAAACUCAGGCAGUAAUUCCAUCGGGGUAUAUAUCUUUCCACUCCCCAGUAAAACAUUUGUCUAGUAAACGUAAGAAACACAAGCUCUGAGUUUCCUGGACCACGUCAACACAGAUGGGAGCAAUCCGGGGACGGGCCUGUCAGCUUUCACUCUGCACAGGAAGGCUCACCGUAGAGGAGAACUCAUUGAUGGUGCUUUCCCAAAAAAGAUCUGCACGUCUGUUUAAAUGCUUCAUGUAAACUGAGAUGCUGUAUCAGGAACUAUAGCUGGGCUGCUGCUGGAGGGGCACGCAGAAUGGCUAGAUUGAAGGUUUCCAUCCACAGAACAGGCUCCAUCCAGUAGGCUGCAAAGGCCCUAGGGGGGCGUCUCGACAGUCACCGGCACCUGGGAGGACAGGCGAGCAGAGCUGGGCCAGCAGGGAACAUACAAGCUGCCCAUGCCGACCGUGUAUGAAGCUGGGAAGCAGUACACGGGACCUGAGUCCACAGAGAGACCCCUUUCGAUGUCCCGGCAUGAGACCUCUCCGACGACGGUGCAACCGGCUGGCAACCAGCGCCCCAAUGCCUGCUGCUUCUGCUGGUGCUGCUGCUGCAGCUGCUCGUGGAACGAAGACCGGGAGCGAGCGUGGCGGGCGUCUCGAGACACCAAACUGGAGCCCAUUCCCAACUGUGAAGCUUGCCUCAAGCCAACUCCCGACGAAGUGCAGGGCUGGGCCCAGUCGUUCGACAAGCUGAUGAAGAACCCAGCGGGCAGGAACGUGUUCCGGGAAUUCUUACGGACUGAGUACAGCGAGGAAAACAUGCUCUUUUGGUUAGCAUGUGAGGAACUCAAAAACGAGUGCAACAAGCACACCAUCGACGAGAAGGCCAGAAUGAUCUACGAGGACUACAUCUCCAUCCUCUCGCCCAAAGAGGUGAGCCUGGAUUCCCGGGUGCGCGAAGUCAUCAACAAGAAGAUGCAGGAGCCCUCGACGCACACCUUUGACGACGCGCAGCUACAGAUCUACACCCUCAUGCACAGAGACUCCUAUCCCCGCUUCCUGAACUCUGCCAUAUACAAAGCGCUGCUGCAGAGCGUCUCACGGUCGUCCUCGGAGUCCUAAGCACCUGCCACCCUCGGCCCGUGGCAACGCCACAAACAGUUCUUUUUGUACACCGGUGUCGGGGGGGAUCCCCGAGCUCUGGCUCUGUCUGGGGCAGGCGGGGAGGCCUCUGGGACCAGGGGGCCGGAGCUCCCGCUCCCCUCCCAUACCCCCCUCACCAUCCACCUCCACUUUUUAGCUUUAGCAAUGAACAUCAGCCAGGUUCCCCGGCCACUGGAAAACACUGUCACCCCUCAACCCCGCACCACAUCCCCCCUGCUGCUCCCCCACCGCCGCCGGUGCCACCUGUGGGCGCUGCUGAAUCGGACUGGGCUGGCGCUGCCGUUCGAUUGUCAAACUCAGGCCUCACUCUUACUACUGAAUUCCCGUCAGGAGCAAGCGGGGGGAGUGGGGGAUUGUUGCGGGGAAGGGGAGCCCCAAGUGGCUGGACUCUGCUCCCCCUCCCCUUUUGAAGAGGUCACUUUAUCCCCUCCCUGCCGCGCCCGGGGUCACGGCCAGGUCCUGUCUCCGUCUUUUUGACGUUUUUAUUUUAAAUGCUUUUUGUUGGCUUGACGGGGGGGAUGGAUUUCACAAAGCUCGCGUGUCUGUAUGAACACGGCCAAGGGUCAGGUUUACAUUGCUCUGUUAAAUGGCCCGAGGGUUCGACCUGUGACUGGGGCCAGGCCCAGUGCCCUGCCCUCUGUUUACAGCCAUUCGAUAGUAGCACCUGAAUCAGCCUGCGGGAACCAGAGCUGGCAGCCUCCUUUCCCUGAGCUGGGCAGGGAACUGCGAGGAUUGAGCUGCAAUGUCCUGAGAGGCAGCAGGAGCUCUGCGCCCGUCCCCGUCUCCCCCGCCCCGUCCUAGUAGUGUUUAUGACUUGUUCCUGGGGCUGCCUCCAGUCCUGAGAGCAGAGCAGGCCACCUGGCCUGCCAAGCCGCCUCCUGGGGUCGCCACCCAACACGGUGGUUCCCAACCAGUGGGGGUGACUGGUUUUCAGCCCCUGAUGGAAACCAGUGCUCGCCUGCCCUCAGAGCAGCUCGGGAGCCUGGGGAACCGGCCCGGCGGAAUGUCAGCUCAGUCUUUGCCCAACAAAAUCUCCAAGGUUCGAAGUUUUCUGGAAAUUUUAAAAGGUUGAAUUUUUGUUCCCAUUCAGAACAAAGGUUUUUUUUAAAUUUUGUAUUUUCCCAGGGCACGGGAAUUCCAGGGGCCGAGCGGCUCUAUUGGGGAUACAGAAAAUGAUGUGGGGAAGCCCCACCCCUUUCCUCUAAUCCCCCGGGGGCCUGGCCUCCAGCUACAGGAGGAGAAUGGUGCACGGCGGAGGGAGAGGGGGAAAAGCAGAGGUGAUAGUAAGCCGGUACGGCGUACUGGCAAGAGCCGGGCUCGGGCAGCGAUUUAAAGGGCCUGGGGCUCCUGCUGCUGCGGGGAACCCCGCCCCCUUAAA